AGCGGGACACGGGCAGGCAACGCCUUGCCACACGCAACAUGGCGGCCUCCUCCCCGGCGGCACGCGUCGUGACGUCGUACGUCUGCGCUUUCCCGUGGUGGGUGUAGAAAGAUGGCCGCCAGCUUGGAUGUGGGGACCGUGGUGGAGGCACUGAAAGUACUGAUUACUCCGAAAGAUUCUGGGUCAGCCGCUCAUGGUACUGAUGAACAAGCCGCCUUUCUCAGUACAUUACAGCUCAAUGUGUCCCGCCUGCAGGAGGAACUUCAGAGUGCUCCUAAGUGGGAGGAACUGCAGAUCCUGCGGGACCGGGUCUCCGGUGUGGCCGCAUGGCUAGAAGGAUGCUCAGAAACCCCUGUAGAUCCCUCAUGGACCUUCACGUCAGAAGCUCUGCUGUUACUCCUGUGCCUCAAAGAGUGUAUGAAUCAGCUUGCUGCUGCUUUCCAGCCCCCUAGACCCAACCCGAGGACUCCGGAGGCCGCCCCAGCCCUCAGCCCAGACACGCUUAGCAUCGCCCAGCAGAAGACUGUCCAGUCUGUUCUGCAGUUUGUGGUGUCCAUGGGGAUCUGUCCGUAUCUCCUGCCCGGGAUUGGCCUUCCCUUGAAACAUCGCUCGACAUUUGGAGCCCUUGUGUGUUCUGCGGCGUCAUGUGACCUGCCCCAGGUUCGCACCCGCAGGCUGUACAUCUCCUGCACGGCCUUAUUGGAGGUGUCUGGCCAUUCGUCGCUGGGGACUCUGCUCUUUACGCAGCACCUUGGGGACCUGAUGGCUGGGCUGUGUCAGCUGGGAUACUGCCCGACCAAGGCGAACGGCGAUCCGGGGACAGACGGGAGACAGAAGAAUCUGACGGAGAGCGAGAGGAGCCAGUGUAGGGGGGCUCUGAGGGGGCUCCUGGAUCAGUUAUACCAGCCACUGGUCAUCAGAGAGCUGCUGGUCCUGCAGGGGGGACCCAGACAGGGUCCCCGUCCUUCUGGUGCUGCAGCUCCAGUGCAGCGCGCCCCAGCACCUGCCUGGCUACGCCGUCUCUGUGGACAGCUGCUGUCUGAGCGACUGAUGAGGCCGCAUGGGGUCCAGUCUGUGGUGCGUGGGAUCCUGGAAGGAGCUGGAGUGGGGGCGCCCGGGGGACGGGACGCGGAGGCUGCUGCCAGCAACUGGAAGAAGUGUGAUGCCGUAGCCAAGAUCCUGGCGUCAUGUCCGCAGCAGUCGCUAACCGUGGAGGAAUAUUACCAGAAGGUCUGCCCACAGAUCCUGGACUUACUGCACAUCCAGGACACGCUGACAGCGCGUCAGUUCCAAAGAGUCGCUACAGAAACGUUCCUGAAGAUGGCACGGGAUCACCCUCAGCUGGCAGAGAGACAUCUCAUUCUGCCCAUGCUGGCGCCCUUACUGCGCUGCACCAUGGCACAAGCAGAGAAGCCUGCCGCCCCGGGCGAGACGCUGGUAUCGGAGGCGGAGCUGACUCAGUGUGUGGAGGACAUCGUUAAGGUGUUUGUGGUCGGCAGUGACGUCACAUCCACCUUGCUGAAUUUCACCAGACAAGUCCUCUCGCCCAUUUUCUCCACAUACUGCUUCACUCGGCAGAACGCCUCCCAUUUACGCUCUCCGUGCCAGGACGUACUGCUUUGGUACCUAGAGAAGUCAGACAGAGACUCGGCAGUGUCGGCGCUGGCAGGACUGAGUGGCAUGGAAGACUCCCUCCCUCCACUGCCUCACUACUGUCACAUCAAGCCCGGGAGCUCGGGCGGAGCGUUCAUCACUGUACGGGAAGAGCAGAGUGGUGAUGAAGAUGAUGCCCUGUACGACAAGGUGUCCUGGGACCAGUGGCGGGUGCAGUGUCUGGUGGAAUUACUCUCUGUGAACCCUCGCAGUGGUCUGGCGGCUGAGUUCUUCCUUUACUGUCUCCAGAAGCUGACCCCCAUUACUGAAGGCAAGGAAGGAGCCGAGCAUGGCACAGGUCUAGGUGACAGCCUCCGUGAGAUGGAAGAGAAGCUUACACUCCGUUAUCAGACUCGAGAGAGGCAGCUCCAGCUCUUGCAGGUCCUGUCCAUGCUGUGUGAGAGGAUCUCCGACGCCAUCUUCACAGAUGUCAAGCAGGUGGUGGAAUUCGUAGUGAUGACGCUGGAGCGGGCCUGCGCUAGCCUUGCCGUCACAGAGGGAGGCACCGUGGCAUCACAGACGCUAAGUAUGGCGAUGGGACUCGUAGCCGCCAUGCUGGGAGCGGUUGAGUUGACGUCGUCCGAUUUCAGGCACCUGAAGAGGCUGAUCCCGGUGUUGGAGAAAGUCGCUCGCUGCCACCCGGAGCCGGUUAUUCAGGAGCUGGCGAGUGACCUGCGCAUUACCAUCGCCACACAUUGUGCUGUGCCUCUUCCACACAGGCCACUUACCGACCAGGUCACAGAGAAUAAAGAGGAGAAACCGCAUAGGCCAAGCAAGGAGCAUGUGACCUCAGCCCUGCGUGACAUCCAGGAGGUGCUCAGCUCUGCAGCAGACUCUGAUGUCCCCACGCGGGCUGCGGCUCUGCGCACUCUCACGCGGCUGCUGGAGCAGAGGCACCCGGAGGUGACGGAGCGCAGGGAGCAGGUGAUGCAGCUCUUCUUAGACAACCUGGAGCAGGAGGACCCCUUUGUGUACCUGUCGGCAAUCCAAGGCAUCGCCGUACUGUCCGGGGACAUCCCUGAGCGCGUCCUGCCGAUCCUUCUGGCGCAGUAUGAAAGCGGCGCCCCAUCCAAUGCCAAGGUCCAAACGCCGGAGACCAGGAUGAAGGUGGGGGAGGCGUUGAUGAGGUGCACCAGGACACUGGGGAACAUGAUUCUCCAGCACAGAGACUCUCUGGUUAAUGUCUUCCUGAGGGGUUCCCGGGACCCGGACGGCUCACUGAGGGCUAGCAGCCUUUCCAACCUUGGUGAGCUCUGCCAGCAGUUACAGUUCUCGUUGGGACCUAUCAUCCAUGAGGUGAGCUCCUGUCUAUCAGCCUUGAUCCGUACUGACCCGGAGGCGCAGGUGCGAAGGGCAGCCAUUCACGUGGUCGUCUUGCUCCUGAGAGGGCUGAGUGAGCGAGCCACAGAGGUGUUACGGGACGUGCUCCGGGACUUGUACCGCUUGCUGAGAUUUGUGGUGCAGUGCGAGUCGGACGCUGUGUCUGUAUUACACGCGCAGCUCGGGCUGGAGGAACUGGACACCAUCAUGAGGGCGCUUCUCUUCCCCCCACAGAAACUGGAGAAGAAAAUUACUGUUUUACCCUAAGACAUCCGUCACCCGUCCUGGAAGUAUUUCCGUGGGUUUGUGUCACCGAGAGGAAGAAGGGCGUUGAGGAGCCUUAGACAUCUCAGCAGCAGCAAUAGUUACCGGACAUCUGUAUUAUAUCACAAUGUUUUAUAAUGUCACUUCAUUGUCUAAAUUGUGAUUUCAAACACACAAUAACUUCUAAUAAAAGUAAUGGUAUUUGUGGA